AACCCCAAAACCAAACAAACAAAAGCAAGAAAGCAACCGUAACGAAGUCUGCUAUCUCUGGAGUAGCAACUGUUUGUCUGGAAACUUGGAACGAAAAAACUUGGAAUCUGCUGCUGCCCCAAGUGUGCCUUUUUCUUUUUUUCCUACCUCCUUUCCAGAUAGGCAGCAGCCAGCUCUUGCUUGCUGAAAGGAAGUGCAUCAGGCCUGGGCACAACAGCUCCACUUGAGGAGCGUGUUAAGGGUAAUUCAGCUCCUAAGUGUGACAUUCUUUGAAACAAUUCUGAGUGGGAAACUGAGGAUGGAAAGGGGAAUCAGUCCUUAGCCGAGGUCGGGCAAGGUUAUAUGGUGCAAGAGAGAAUAUUUGGCAGUAAUUCUCUGCUACCUUCUUUCUGAGUUGCUGGUGGGAACUCUUCCAACACAAAUCCAGUCUAACAGUCUAAACACCUUAUUUUCUAGUUAACUCUGUGUUGCUGCUGCCUUUGAAUUAGACUUAAUGAAUUCCCUACUUCUGUCACAAAAGGCUCCUUCAGAAGGUGACCAAACAGUUCUCCUAAAAUUUCAGGCACCGAAAUGCUGUGCUACUGCUACUGUGCUGCUCUAUGGCCCUAUUUGUGUGGGUCAGUGGUAGAGGCAGGAAGAUGUUGCUGGAAGGUUCUCACCAAUUUUCCUGCUGUAUGAUAGUCUUACAGAUAUUUGAAUUCAACUCAGAAAGCUGAUAGGAAUCCUGGUAUGGACUUGUUUCAACAGAAGGGGUGGGCUUUGCUCUGGACAGCAUAUUCAGGAAGGAGAUGAAGCGGAGGAGCUCAGCAGAGGCAGCAGUACCUCAGGUGAAAGCAGCUGCACAGGCCCUGGGGCAGGCAGCUCUAUCAGAUGAGCACAGUGGUCCUUUCCAGUGCUGUCUUCAGCACUCAUCUCUGCUUCCCUGUAGGUGUUUUAGUGGAGACCAUCGCUAAGCAGCAGUUCUUACAUUUGCAAAGUUAACUGUUCUUCUAAGUGCUAUGGAGAGAAAUAUUCGGUUCACUGAAGAUGUAAAUAGGAAAAUGAAGCAAAUGAAAAUAAUGAAUCUAAUGAAAACUUCUCAAGCAGCUGGUCUUGUUGUGGUAUCUGAUUCAGAACUGAUGAAUAGCAACUUGAUGCAGGAGGAGAAACUAGUUUUAGAAAAUGUGGAAAUUGGAGGUAAAGCUUUUAAUUAAAGUCAAUGCACAGUCAUAAUCUUGGUUUAUAUACAUCCCUCAAUUCUCAAUUUGAUAUCAAUGUAAGGCUUGCACAGCAAUAAGAAUUGAUUUUUCUUUUUCUUGUUACACUAAAGCUCUUGUCAUGAUAAUUAUUUGGUCACUGCUUUUUCUCAUAUUCAGACAUCACUCUGGGAAAAUACAUUCUCCUUGAGAACUAGUACAGUUUCUUUUUCUUCCGAGAUCUUUUUAAUCCAUUCACUCUUCUAUCAGCUCUUCUUUAGUGUUUUCUUCAAACAGUAGCUCCUAUCCUACUUUUUGUCUCUAUCCUCACUUUCAGUUGCAGCACCUAAAAUCUGUAGUAGGACGUUUGUGCUGAUGCUCAGAUGUCAUCGGCAAGCUUUAUGUGCUUUAUUCUACAGAGAAAUGUCUGGCUGUGGUCAUGGUGAGACAUGCUGCUUAGCAGCAUUUUAAAACAUGCUAAAAAGCCUUGAUCCUGAAAAGUGAAGUCUGUGUCAGCUAGUCUUGAAAAUGCAAAUCAUGUAAAUCUCAUUCUUAUGUCAACUCAAGGUGUAUGGCCAUUUAAGCUGUCUAGCAUGUGGUUUUACCUUUUGCAGUGACUAGGUAUGUUGUGCAGGCAAAAAACACGUUAUGAGGUCUGGCUUUAGCUCAUGGGUUCUUCUGCUGUAAACUGAUUCUGCUCUAAAUGUCACUGAAGUUUAAGGCUGCCUCGAAUGUGCCACCUUGGCUUUUCUAAGGACGGAACGUUGCGUGUUAUGAUGUUGCCUUUAUUCCCAACCACUCUAACAAUCUCUUUUUUGUCAGUAAAACCUACUUAAAAGAAAGUGAAUCUAGUUUUUAUAUUUUACCUUAAGGGUUCAAAUGUAAUGUCUUUAUAACUGUUCUGCCUGGCAGUAUUUCAGUAAAGCAGGAGCAGUAUGAAGACCUGGAACAGCAUGAGGUCCCUGUAAGAAUUUCAGGCGGUAUUUGAUCGUGCAACUCAUUAGGAAAUGAGUGUCCAACCUGUUGGCUUGCCUGUUCUGCACUGAGUGAACAGGAAUUGUCUUGGGCUGUAUACACAAAGGUUGCUCCAAAAGUAAUGCCUCCUAUUUAUUUCCGUGGAAACCACACCUGAUAUCAAGAGCACGAUAACACAGUUCAAUAGAGCAAAUUCUCAGCUACAAAACACUGUCUUUCAUUAUAGUCACCACCAUUAGAUAUGCAUUUUCACCAGCCACGAACGAGAGCUUGCAUGCUGUACUCCUAACAAUCUGUACCAUUGGAGAUAACCCACUGCCACUGCUGCUAAAAUGCACCACCCACCACCUCACUGUGCUCACAUCCACUGUUAGAUCUGCAUAAACAUUCAGCAAACAUUGAUGAAUGUCAGUGGAUGCAAUUUUUUUCCACGUGGAAGAAUUCAGUUCCACCCCUUUUUCUUCCUAUGCACCAUUCUGUCAGACUGUCCCUCUGCUGCCAUCUGUCACACAGCAGCAGUGUGUAUUGGAAUACUGGUGGGAAAGUUCCAACACUGCUGCCAUCCCACCACUAUCCAUCUCUGGUGUUGUGGGCCAACAUAGUAAAAAAGGAGGCAAUACUUUCAGAGCACCCUUCCUAAAAUAUACAAUAUAGUUCAUGUAUGUAAGUAACAUAACUUAUUUUAAUCUUUAAUAUAUAUUUUUUUAAAGAAACAACAACAAAGCAAAAAACCAAGAAGUAGUGGUAUAUGUGACCUUGCUUUUGUGAAACUAACGCUUCACUCCCUGGUUUGAUGGCAGUGGCUGUAAAUCCUAGUGAGGUCUCAAGCUGUUUGUUAGAGAUUUCUGAUCAAUAAGGCAUGAUUGUGAAGUGAGAAAGGUUUUUCUCUGUUAAGAGAGGUCUUACAAAAGUAAAGAGACACGGUCAGAUUUUUUAGUUGAAUCUCUGAUUGUACCUCCAUACGUUCCAUUUGAAAAUUCCCAGUUGCAAAUAUUAAAACAAACAAACUUUUUUUUUUUUUUUUUUGUUGGCAGUCUUGAAACCUAUUCUCAAAUCCCUCUAUCAGAACAGAAAGCAUGGCUGCAUAUUUUUCUUUUGUUCACAGGACUGUGUUUAGCCAGUGAACUGAAAUUGGAGGGCAGAUGGGUCUGGGCUGUGCUGCCAGUUGUGCUGUGGGCUGGGUGUGCCUACAUUAGGGAGAAGGACAAGGAGAUGCUUUCCUGUAGGGGAUGCAGAUGACUUACUAGAAGAUUAGCUCUCUGUAGAUGAUAUAUUGCAUUGGCACCAACUUGCGUGUCUUUCUGGUUUUGAUUUCACUUAUAAUUUGUCCUUUAAAGUCUUUAACCCAUCCUGAUAUGAAGUGUAACUUCCUAUUGAGGCCAUACCUGCUAUUUGGAAGGUUCUGUGAGAGGGUACCAGUACAAUGACCAGAUUCUUAAACAGAGGUUCCUGCAAAGUGCUCAAUGAGUUCACAGUGGCCCUACAGUGCUGGAGGACCAGCUUCUGUCUGCUGCUGCACAGGAGGCCUUUUUCAGCCCCAUGGCUUUGACAAGAGUGUGAGCAGGACCCAGCUAUACCGCAGUCCUCUCUCCAUAGUCUCUACGUGCAUGUUCAACUCAUGCAUGCUAUGACCGUGGCCAUUUUUGGUACUUCUCUAGUGCUAUUCAUACAUGAUUGCAUUUCACUUUCCUUUUUAUUGUGUGUUGCUGCAAGACCUGUGAUGUUUUGACUUGUGAACAUCCUGGGAGGCUGAAACCACCGCACAUAGCUUGCUUGCGGUGCUGACCUUGCUAGAGCAAACUCAGUGGUGUCAGCAUGGCCUCCGUGGUUAGCUUUUCACUCUCACUCUUCAUCCUUCUUUUUUAGAGCCUCUUAUUGGCUAUUAAGAUAUUUUCUUCUCACUGGAAGCAAUAUAGUUUUAACCAGUGAGAAUCACCCUGCUACUUGAGUACUUCUUCCUUUUGUUCUUUUCAGGGUGCCUUUCUAUACAGAAGUGUAUCGUAGGUAUAAUUUACUGUGAUUUCCAUCCCCUUGGCCUAAUCCUUGCUCUAAUGCCCUCGGCUUGUCCUUGUUUCAUUGCGUCUCCUCAACAUCCAGGUGUUACCUGCCGUUAGACAGUAAUCCCUCUGCAAUGGGACUGUUGCACCAGAAGGCCUUUGGUACUUAGAAGCUUAUGAGCCCUUGAGAAGUCCUGCUUUCUUCAGUGGUCAGCCAGCUAAAUCUUUAUCUGAUGCAAACAAAUGUAGUGGAAAGAGCAAAGAACUGAGGCAGCUGAUACGGAGUUUUUUAACUGCAGCUCUCAGUCAUUUGAGUUCUGGUGUAGCACUUUUGCAGCUCCAUGGAGCAUUGCUUUCUGGCUGAGUUUCAAAGCUCAGCAGUAUUAAUCCAUACGGCUGGCUCUUAGAGAGGCGCUGCUUUCAAAGAACUGCGGUACAAAUAAUUUUCUCUUUUCAGACCUUACAAAUCAUAUACUUUGUAACUGCAUAUAUCUUUUUUAUAUCCAUACUGAAAAGUCUUAGUUUAACUGUAGAAAUAGCCUCUAUGUACAGAGUGGUCAGCCUUGGUCAUCCUUGUUGCCUUUUUCUGAGCCUUUCCCAGUUCUACUCUAGGGAAGGGUAUGAAAUGCAGAACAGAUUUAUACAGCAACAUAGUGAUGGUCUCCAAUUUAGCAUCUAUUCACUUCCAUAUCCCCAUAUACUUCUGUGUGCAUAAUUAUUUUCCCACGGCUGAGCAGUGAGCUGGUGUCUCCAUGGAGCUGCCUGUCCAGCAGUGGGACCUUUCUCCUGAGUGGUAGCGAUGUGCUUGAAGUUCAUCAUUGUGGGAUAUUGGGAUCAGCUUUCCUGUAUGUGUUUGAUUUCACUUGCUGUUUUAUUAUCCAAUCAUUCAGUCCCUAGUUUCUUAGUUUUCCCCAUUGGCACUCCCUGGAAUAACCCUCGGUUACCAGUACAUGGUCUCACCUCAUGGCUCCUGCCCCUUCCAGAUCACAGGUGUAAUAUCUUUGCUGAGACCUCUUUUGCUGGAUGUGGUCCCAACUAUCCGACAGGCUGCUGCUUUGGCUCUUGGGAGGCUUGCCUAUUUUAACGAUGACCUGGCAGAGGCAGUGGUGAAGGAAGGCAUUCUUCCACAGCUCGUGUGUUCACUGUCUGAGCAGAAUCGUUUCUACAAGAAAGCAGCUGCAUUUGUGUUAAGAGCAGUUGGUAAACAUUCUCCACAGCUAGCUCAGGCAGUAGUUGAGUGUGGAGCGCUGGAAGCACUUGUGAUUUGCUUGGAAGAUUUUGACCCUGGAGUGAAAGAAGGUGCAGCUUGGGCACUCGGUUAUAUUGCCCAACACAAUUCAGAACUGUCACAAGCUGUGGUGGAUGCAGGAGCCGUUCCUCUUUUAGUGCUCUGUAUCCAGGAGCCAGAAAUUGCUUUGAAAAGGAUUGCUGCUUCAACUCUUAGCGAUAUUUCAAAGCAUUCUCCAGAGUUAGCACAGACAGUAGUGGAUGCAGGAGCUAUCGCUUUCUUAGCUCAGAUGAUCCUGAACCCUGAUGCUAAACUGAAGUGUCAGGUGCUGUCAGCGCUAAGCCAAAUAGCAAAGCAUUCAGUGGAUCUUGCAGAGUUGGUGGUUGAAGCAGAAAUUUUCCCAGUUGUGCUCACAUGCCUGAAGGACUCGGAUGAAUAUGUCAAGAAAAAUGGUGCAACUUUAAUUAGAGAGAUAGCAAAGCAUUCGCCUGAGCUUUCACAGUUUAUAGUAAAUGCAGGUGGAGUUGCUGCUGUGAUUGAUUGUAUUGGCAGCUGCAAAGGGACUGUCAGACUGCCUGGCAUCAUGAUGCUUGGUUAUGUAGCAGCUCAUUCAGAGAACCUGUCAAUGGCAGUUAUUGUCUCCAAGGGAAUACCACCACUGUGUACCUGUUUGUUAGAAGAACAUGAAGAUCAUAUUAAGGCAGCAGCUGCGUGGGCCUUGGGACAGAUUGGCAGACAUUCUCCUGAGCAUGCACGUGCAGUAGCAGUAACAAAUGUGCUAACCACACUGCUUUCUAUGUAUAUGGACACACGCAGUUCAGAAGAUCUUCAGCUGAAAACUAAAAGAGCCUUAAAGAGCAUCCUUCAGAAAUGCACUUAUCUUCCAGCACUUGAACCAUUGCUGCACGAUGCCCCUCCCAACAUUAUGAAACACAUUGUUGGGCAGUUUAGCAAGGUGCUACCACAUGACAGUAAAGCACGUCGUCUCUUUGUAACAACUGGUGGGCUUAAAAAGGUUCAAGAAAUAAAAGCAGAACCUGGGUCACUUCUUCAGGAGUAUAUCAACACUAUUAACAACUGCUACCCAGAGGAAAUAGUAAGGUAUUAUUCCCCUGGAUAUUCUGAGAUGCUUCUGGAACGGGUGGAAAAUUACCAACCAGUUUUAUAAACUUCAAUUUUUAUUAGAGCUGUAUUUCACGUUUACGCUUUUAUGACUGUAAUACAAAUACAGCUGCUGAAACUCUUGUUAGGUUCUGAAAUCUACUUCUACUGUUUGAACCACAGCAAGACCUCAGUAUUUCCAACAAGCUGUGUUUUGUUCUUUAUAGAAAUGUUGCUAAGUUUUUGUUCCUAUUUGUUUUUCUCUAACUUUAUGACCAGACGCUGCAGCAUAUAUCAGUGGAAUUUCAUGCGAGGGUGUUGAUUUAUCACAGAAGCUUUUUUAGAAUCAGUCAUUUCCUUUUCCUUCCACAAGAAAGGUUUGUUAUUAUCUCAUUCAAAUUUUAUCCUUCUCAGCACUUUAUCAAUUUUCCCCCUUUUGUCUUUGCAUAUUGUUUAGAGCUUCCCAAGCUUGAUGAGGGGGAGGAAAACGAUAUCCCCUCUGCCUUUUCUAAUUAUAGAAUUCAUUCUAUGCUGAGAUUUUUUUUUCCCACCACUACCUUUCGGAAAGUGAUGUGAUUUUUGCAUCCCCAAACACAUUAGUAGCUGCUAAAAAGAGAAGUAAUCAGAUCUGAUGAUGAUAAAAGGGCUGUAUUCUGCAUGCUACAAUAGUGUCAUGAUCCUGGCAUGCUAAAUAGUACAUCUGCAAAAUUCCUCCUAAUUAAGGCAAGAUUUGCUGUGGAGGGAAGCAGCAAUACAUUAUUUGGUGUGCUUAUGUGUCGUUGUUCCUAUCGGAAAGGAUAGAGUGAACUCAGACUUCCCACAGGUACAAAAGGAGAGCAAGGACUCUGAGGUUCUGCCCCAUUUGGGUCUGCAGUACCUGGGCCUCUUAGGAAGAGAGGAAAAUUGUUUGGCUUCAGGAAUGCUAUUAGCAAAGUUAUGAGCACAUCCAGAGGAGAACUGAGGCUAUUUGAGUCUCACUGAAUUGAGUGGUGGGACUAAGACUGCUCAGUACUUUCUCUUCAAAAGAUGAAGCUACUGCAGAAUUGGGUUGAAACACAUUUGGAACUUAGUCUUGAACUUGCAAAUCAUGUUGGCAUGGAGAUUAUUGUAGGUAUGAGCUUUGUUGUAUACAACAUCCUGAAAAUACUUUUGCCCUCUUAGGUAGAGUAAAAAGACUUUCUACAUUCUACUUUGCUGUGUACUGUAGCAACAGGGAACAGCAUACAACCCUACAGUAUUCACCAAGUAAUAGGUAAUUGUCAUUCAUCAUUUUUUGUUCUUCUAGCCAUUUUCCUCUUCCAAGUAUGCAGCAGGUUCUUUUGUUUGUUUGUUUGCUUUUCUUCUUUUCUUUUUCUUUCCCAGGGAUUAGUAUGCAGUGUUUCUGGGGUGGGAUGUCGAAAUUCUGGCAGCUGCAAGGGAAUACAAUACUUGAAAACCCCUGCAGGAGAAACUUGUCUACUUUCUUAAACAUAUUAGCUGAAUGAGUUUAUAAAACAGGGAUAGCAUCUUCUGUUACUUGUAAAACAGGAGCAAAAUCCUAAUGCAGUUGGAAAUGAUUUAGAGUGAGUUUUCCUUGCCAAAUUCCAAAUUACCAUGUUCUUGUCAGCAUUUUUUUCAUUGGUUCACGGAAACACUGGUGGGCUAUCUUCUGCUAAGGUUUACUUCUACAGAGGGCUGUGCUCCUGGUGUGAGGCACUUGGUGCUCUCGGACUAGUUUGAGGAGAAGCAGUGGCUGCUCAAUAGCUGGCUGUAUAGAGCAUAACUGAGAUGGAAACUGUUGGUGUCAUGACUGCUGAUAUAUAAACCACACCAGCUGGGUUCUUGCCUUAGCCUGCAUCAGAAUGAACAGCUUUGGAACUGACUAACCUUUUCCUUUUCGGUAUUCAUAUUUUGACAUUAAUAAUGUUACGACACUGGUGGGAAAAAAAUCAUUAGGUACAUUAAGAAGAUUGUUGUAACACUCAAUGAAUUUUCUUAAAUGCGUUACGGAUAUUUAAAAAUCAAAUCUUACACAUUCUUUGAAAGAAAAUGUCAUGCAAGGACUUCCAGAGAAUCCUGAAGGAUCUGAUGGCUUUGUUUUCCCUAGCAGGGGAGAAAUACUGCAGAAGGCUGAAUGCAGUGCAGCUGGGAGGGCGGGUUGGCAUUCAGAUGUGUACCCAUAGCUGCAUCAGAUGUUUGGGUGCACGUGCACAGCACAUGAUGCUAAUGGGUGUGUUUUUUGUGGAAAGAGCAUAGAGGCUUCAGUUCCCUGACAAAUAUGUUACACCAUAAUGAUUCCACUGCGUUAAAUUUCAGUGCCUAAACCCUUUGUCCAACGUCUUCUCACAUUUUUUUCUGAUUCCUGACAAUGGAAAUGAUUGCAAAAGGCAAACCUUCAAAGCAGACUGAUUGUGCAGUGCACAGUCUCAAUCAGACCUAGCAUGAAUCCCUCUUUACGCCAGUUAUGCAGUUCUGUCCCAGGCCAGAGGAGCUGUAAGGCCUCUUGUCGCAGGUCUCCCUCUCUGGUGAUGCCACAUCCCAUUUGGCCCUGGCCAAGCCAAGAUCCCUCUUUGGAGAAGCCCUCAGCUCUCCUUUGCUGGCAGGCUGCUUCCGUGCAUGGUGGUACACCUGGGGCUGGAGGCUUCCCAGGCAGUACACAUCUGCAUAAGGCAGAUUGAGGCCUUUCCUGCAGAAUUAUCACUAAUUUGUGGUUUAGGCUUUCUUUACUAGAGCAAGAGUUGCUUUUUUUUUUUUUUUUUCUUUUUUUUUUUUUCUUGGAGUGUUUCACAGGCUCUGAUGUACAGUGAUUCUGUUCUAUCCUCUUGUUUGUCUUAAGUCAUCAUCUAAAACUAUAUUAAUGUGUGUAAUUGCUACUCUGGCAAGCUUCAAGUGUGUACCAUUCGUCUCAAUUUCAUAGAAUAAAAUGUAGAUUUGCAUUUUAAUUUGUUGUGUAAAUGCUGUUUUCAUGCUAGUCUGUGACUGUGAUGUUAAAGAAAAUGAAGAACAGACUCAUUUUGCAGCUGAGCCUGACACCACCUCUGGGCGUUUGUCUCAGCAUACCACUCAGCAGUGCCUAAAUUUCUCCUUCUGAGCUUAGAGACACACAAAGAUUUUAAGUAAGAGUCUCUCUGGCAGAGGUAGCUUAUUAAGACACACAAAGAAAAUUAAGCUAGUGCUUUGGCAGAAGUAAAUGUAAGCAGAGACAGCCCUUAAAUCAUUUUGCCAGUUGCUUUGACUGCAGCAUGGGGACUUUUGAACCUCAGUCUUUAAAGGUCUUCUCUGGGGGCCCAAGCUAUGAUUUUUGUCUACAUUACUAUAUCUAUUAUU